AUGGUGAAAGUGACGGAUAAUUUUAAGAAAUGGUAUGUUUUAAUAGGCAGUAUUGCCAUUCACUUCUGUAUCGGUGUUCCCUUCUUAUUUGGCAAUCUCCUAACGUAUAUCGUAUCAUACAUGCACUAUAGGGGUUUCUACAAUGCCAGUAAUAUAGGUGAUGAGAACUGGAUUGUUAGCCCCUAUCCAGCUGGGUUAGCUAUAUCUUCAACUAUAGCAGGAUCAAUGAGACAGAAAGUCGGUGUUCGAUUCACUCUUCUUAUAUCUAACUUAGUUUUCUCAGCGGGUUACUUUUUAACAUAUAUCUCAUUAGAACAUUCACUAUGGUUACCAAUUCUUACCUAUGGUUUUAUCUGUGGAUUAGGAACUGGUGCGGCGUAUGUCACAACCAUCGAUAUAUGUUCCAAGUAUUUUAGGAACCAUGUGAGUACUAUAACAUCAAUACUAAUAGCAGGAUUCAGUUGUGGUGCCGCUGUUUUUAAUCAAGUGGUAUCGUUUUACGUUAACCCUGAUAACCAUACCCCAGAUGUACAUCUAGGUUCUAUCAAGUAA